ACGUUUGACGUCUUCGGAAGAAGUGCGCCGAGCAGAAAAAAUCAAACAUGGAUUUCAAAAUUUUGCAGGUUCCUCAGAAACGACGGUCUCUACUUUGAGCAGGAACAAAAUCGUGCUCGUGAAUGGCAAUGGGUUUAUCCACCAUUGGAUUCGUACUCCAUUGACUCCAUUGAUGCCAUAAAUGUGCCACCAUUGCCAACUUGGGUACCAUACUAG